AUGGUGGAUGGUUUAAUUAGUAACACAAGUUUGGACAGCCAUUCGGGGACAGGUGUCCACUUUGUGCCGCAAAGGACUGACACAGGACAUCCAAAGUGGGUCAGAGAAUCCAGGAGCAAAGAAGAAAGGAGUAAUACACCACAAGUUCAUUCCAGACAAAGGAGGAGCUGGCUGUGGAAUCAGUUCUUUGUGAUAGAGGAGUACAGAGGACCGGAGCCAGUGCUGAUUGGACGGCUGCACACGGAUAUGGACAGAGGGGAUGGCCACACUAAAUACACGUUGGAGGGAGAAGGUGUGGGCUCUGUUUUUGUUAUCGACAGUAACACAGGAAACAUACACGUGACCAAAUCUCUGGAUCGGGAAGAGAAGGACCAGUAUCGCCUUAUUGCUACAGCAACGGACAGAGAGACAGGACGCGCUCUGGAGCCUUCAUCAGAAUUCAUCAUCAGAGUUCAGGACAUCAACGAUAACCCUCCUGUGUUCCCGAAUGAUCCCUACAUUGCCACUGUCCCGGAGAUGGCUAAUAUAGGCACGUCUAUAAUCCAAGUGACAGCCCGAGAUGCGGAUGAUCCCACUUAUGGAAACAGUGCACGUCUGGUCUACGCCAUCACACACGGACAGGACUAUUUCUCUGUGGACCCGCAAACAGGAGUGUUGCGGACUGCUGUUCCCGACAUGGACAGAGAGAGCCGGGACGAGUACCUGGUGGUGCUCCAGGCGAAGGACAUGGGGGGGCAUUUGGGGGGGCUCUCCGGGACCACCACAGUGACGGUGAAGCUGAGUGACGUGAACGACAACCCGCCACACUUCAGACGCAGUGCGUGGUCCUUCUCCAUCUCAGAAUUGGCAGCUCCAGGUGUGGAGGUGGGCCGCCUGACUGCCUCUGACCCCGACCUGGGAGAGAACGCACAGCUGGAAUUCACCAUCAUGGACACGGAGGAGGCGCAGAUUUUUAACAUAAGCGGCCGCGAGCGAGAGGCUGUGAUUGUGCUGAACAAGCUGCUGGAUUAUGAAACACGCAAUUCCUACACGUUCUCGGUGGAAGUUGCCAACCCGGUGGUGGAUCCUCGAUUUCUGAAGAAGGGACCGUUUAAAGACCAGGCCACAGUUCGGGUGAUGGUCCUGAAUGCGGAUGAGCCGCCCAAGUUCUCUCAAACACGCUACCACCUGGACGUGUCCGAGAACUGCCCCCCUGUUUGCUCUGUGGGGCGAGUGUUUGCUGUGGACCCUGAUACGGGGCAGAGUAAUAAUAUCCGGUUCUCCAUCGACCCGCAGACGGACCCCGAGGCUCUGUUCCGAAUCACCUCCGACAGCGGCUCUAUCAGCACCGUGAUGGAGCUGGACCGCGAGCAGGACCAGUGGCACAACAUCACAGUCAUCGCCACUCAGAGGGACAAUCCCAAUCUGGUAUCACGGGUUGUGGUCGCCAUAGAAACCCUGGACCAGAAUGACAACGCUCCUGAGUUGGACCGGCAGUACUCCACCUCUGUGUGUGACUCCAGCGCUCCGGGACAGGUGGUCCAAGUUGUACGGGCCAUUGACAAGGACCAGGGAGGACAGGACAUGCCUAUUCACUUCAGCAUUCCUCCGGAGUCCAGCUCUGCUCUCAACCUCUCCAUCAAAGAGUCUGGAGGUGUGACAGCUAGUCUGGUGCUGCAGUCGGCCCUGGAGCCCCUGCCUGGCUUCUCCUCGGCCUCGCUUGCCAUGUACGUGCCAGUGGUGCUGCGUGACGGGGCAUCCGGCCUAACCAACACUGGCACUGUCACUGUGACCAUUUGCCCGUGCCUGCGAGGUGGCAUGCAGACCGAAGACAGGGGGCGCCAGAGGGACAGGAGGUGGGAGAGGCACAUGGUGUGUCUGCCUGUCCCGUCCGCUUCUCCCUCACUAAUAUUCAGUUUGGUCACCCUGUUGGCCAUGCUGGCAUGUGUCACCACUCUACUUGUGGUGUGUGCCCUGUCCGUGUCCCUGCGCAAUCAGAAGAGGGACUCCCACUCUCCCUUCGAGGAUGAUGAUGUCAGAGAAAACAUCAUCUCCUACGACGACGAGGGGGGAGGGGAGGCCGACACCGCCGCUUUUGACAUCACCGCCCUACAGAGCAUGCACAGGAUACAGCACAUUCAGAACAACAACAGGAACAUAUGGUACACCCAGACCACAGCGCCCAGAGCCAGGACGUACAGCUGGAGUCGUGCCCCUCGCUCCGUCCCAGACGCACAGAGGCCCGGUUCCGCUCCACUCUAUGGACGCCUGUGCUACGGCCUCCAGACUCUGCCCCACAACCUGCCUGUGCUCCGUGAUUACCCCCCAGUCGGACCGCUCGAGUCAGGGCUACAGCUGUCCCACUUCACCCCCGGAUUCACCACGGGACUCACCACGGGACUCAGCACCGGGAUAACUACCGCGGGACAUCUCCGGAACUCACUGGUGAUCCCAAACCACAGCACCUUUGAGACACUGCUGCUUGCUCCUCAGAUAAACUCCACUAUUUAUGAAACAGACCACACGAUGGAGCAGAACCAGAACAAAAGCAGCCAAGAGCGCAACGAGGGGAAGACCACUGAGGACAGGAAGAAUGAAGACAAGGAGCAGGCUAAGACCGCAGAGCCGGAGCGGACAGCAGUGCCCAACAGUGCGAGCGUGCCCUACUGUGACCCCAAUGAGUCGUCCUCUACAAACGCGCCCGAGGGGAGACCUGGCUCAUCCCAAACACAGAUCAGCACUAGCUGCACCAUAGAUGAAUUCGACACAGAUUCCUCCAUCUCCUCUGUUUUAGAGCAAAAUUACUCCAACGGCACCCCCACUGUCCCUUACUUUAAAUCAGACACAUAUAGCAUCGUGGGGUCCCUCAAUUCAAAUAGCAAAGCAGUGAAUGGGACAAACACCAACAACAGCGGCGGGUUGUACAGCGGGAGGGUUCCAUUGUUAAACAUGUACAAGGACACGCAGCCCUUACCUGGAGGCACACUCAAAAACAACAGACCGACGAACCCCCAGCCGCUUCACAUGGAGGAGCUGCUAAACGUGCGUCUUAACCAUGUGACCUUUGACCUGUCGCAGCCGCCGUACGAUUCACUGCAGACGUACGAAUUUGAAGGGAGAGACUCGAGGGCGGAGUCGCUGAGUUCGCUGGAAAGCAAUGGAGAAAAGGACAAUGGAAACACAGAGGCGGAGGUGACGGAGGGAGGAGGAGGGAUGGAGGAGCUGAAUGAAAAGUUUCAGAAGCUGGUGGAGAUUAUCAGAGAGAGGCAGAAGGAGCGUCAACAAGCAGAGAAUACAAACGGAGAGGAGGCCAAACUAACUGAACACAGGGAGCAAGAAACGCCCAGGUUUUUAGAUUUUUAG